AUGGACGUGACAUCACUACUGAACGCAGGCGCGGGAAAAAAGCCCAUUAUCAGGAACAACAUUUUGGAAGCCACAUUUGCGCCCAUCGACGGACCAACCCCGAUUCUUGCGUCCCCGGAGAAGAUUGCUUCUUCUAGGCGGACCAGCGACGCCCGAGCACCGCGGAACCGCACGCCAUGGGAUGCGGGCGGUUAUUCUCUUCCAUUAUCACUAUCAGUAGACACGAAGCUCUCCAUCCCUUCUGCGAAGCCUGCAUUUUAUAGCGAGUACGACGUCGAUCAGUCAACCUCCGCGAGCUCUUACCAUCCCUCGUCCAGCAAUCACUCGAGGGCGAGUUCUCUUAGUUCUUUGGCACACGAGAUGGCGCAUUCCGCCAACAUUACUCCGAUGACGAGUACACACCCUGGACGGCCCAGUAUGUCUGGUGAGUCGGAAGGACAGUUGACGGCAAGACCAAACCUGCCACGCGAAGACGAUGGGCAUGUUACUGGCGGAUUCCCCAAGUCGCCAAAGCAUAAGUUUUCCGACAGCCACAGCAGUCUGUCAUCCUACACAUCUUCAAAUCAAUCAGGAGGCCAUUCGAGGAUAUCAUCAUUAUCAACCGUAAGCGGCAUCCAGCCGUUUACAUCGCUGCUGAACGAUGUUCCGGCGUUCGACCCUAAGCUCGACCACCAGAAUAUGGGCCCUGCCAUGGUCGACAUCCAGCCGCCAUCACCUAGGACGGCUGGCCAGGAUCCUCCAUUGGACCCUAGCAUGAAGGGACCUGGCAGACCGGGCAGCCCAUCUGAUGCGAUUCUGAUAACCCGCGGCAUGGGAAGCAACAGAUCAAGUCCAACGGACGGGUUGAGCCCUCACUCAAAACAGCAGCAAGACAACCUUCAUUAUCUUUCCCUUCCCCAGGAUCACCCUCAAUCAAGAACUCACAAACGCGCGGUUUCUGCCCCCGAUUUCGCGGCCAUCUCUGCCCCUACUUUCCAACCGUUCCCCUCUGUCUCUGAGACUGCUCCUUUCCCCCCUCAGCAACCUUACGCCAUGUCUCCUCCUGAGUCUCCCCCGGCUCAGGCCAAUCAGGAUGAGAUCAAGUGCAUGUACAUCGAGAACUGCGACACUGGAUCCCAGCCUCGCAAGGCUAUUUCCCACAUCUUCGGCCGCAACAAGCUCUGCACCCGCAUGAUUCCCGCUCACGUUUGGGUUCACUUCUGCCGCAAGCACUACCAGCGCAGUCGUUACCGCAACGCCCACGAGUACUCGAAGCUUCAGGUCGACCUUGUCCAGAAGCAGAUCGCUCGCGUCCAACAAUGGAGCGACGAGAACGAGCGUGCCGGCAAGGCUGGAGUCGUCAAUAGUUGGUCCUUGGCCAUUCGCAAGCGUGAGCAGAAGCGCUUGGAGGACAAGAAGGAGUCGAAGAAGCGCGCUUACCAAGAUGAGUCGGACGAUGAGCAGCUCGACGGUGCCAUGCUCAACGGAACCGCGGUCCCUGAGUGGCUUCUCAGCAAGUGCGGUGCUGGUUACACCACAGUUGCCAUCCAAGAGAUUGUUGCACAGUUGAAGACCGAGAUCGACGGCGGCGGCCUCAGCCAGAUUCCCGACAUCGAGAUCCUCCCCACGAUCAGCAGCGACGGUCCCGAUGAGAAGCCGAAGACCUACCUCAAGCGCAAGACCAGCGGCGGCGCUGCCCACAAGCGCUCGCAAUCGAUGGGAGUUGCCCUGCGCCCCGAAGCACUCCCAAUGGCUAGACGUGUCAGCCAGCCCAAUGCUUAUUGGGGUCAAGAAGGUUUCGAUACCUCUCCCUUUGACAAACGUCAACGCAUUACUGACAUGGAACCUGGCUACUUUGGAGACCGCAAUGCCAUGCCUGGCAUGCAGAGAGUCCCGUCCGGCAUGCGCCGCAUGAACAUCCCGCACCGACCCGCCUUCGGCAAUAUUCGCGAAGGCCACCCUGAGGAGGAUUACUACCGUCAGCCCCAAAUGGGAUCCGGCCCCUUCGUCUUCGGCGCCGGUGGUCCUCAAGGCGGCCCCCUCCCUGCCCCGACUCCUCAGCGUCGCGGCAGCAAGUCGAUGGCUUCCCACCUCGAGACUUCCACGACGAUGCCCACCUAUCCCGACCCUCGUCGCGCAUACCACCAGCGUUCCCAGAGUGAGAUCGGUGGCUUCCACCAGGGCCAGGCUCCCAACUACCGCCCGUCCUCUUCUUCUGGUUACGCUCCCGCCGCCUACCCGUACCCCGGCGCUGUCGAGCAAGACAGUUACGAUGGCACCUACCCUCGUCCCCAUGACAAUCCUUUCGUCCAGGGUGCUCAGCCCAAUUACUACGAGGAUCCCCAGCGCCAGUAUGCCUACGGUGCUUCUCCCUUCCAGCCCAACCCUGCGUCCCGGCUUGGUCCCGCUGGCGUCAACAGACACACCCGCCACCAGAGCACCCCGAAUGCGCCCCGUGCCAUGCAUCGCGCACCUUCCGCGCACGGCUUCGCAGUCGGUCCGAACAUGACUCCCGAUCAGCGCGGCUACGAGCACACUCCUGAGCGCCACUCGUACGCCACGCCGCCCAUGCAGCCCAUGCAAACCAUGCAGCCCAUGCCGGAUGCCACCCGCCACUGA